AUGUCAAUACGAUCGUUUCUGGCCGACUUUGCACGCAGUCCGAGCCAUAAACGCUGGUUCAUUGACUGGGCAGCAUGUACGCUGAUGCUACUUCUGUACCGCGGUAUUCUGCACCACCGCUCAGAUGGAUUCCAUCAGCAAUUCACUUUGAACGACCCUUCGAUCCAGCACCCUCAUACCGACAACCAGCGGGUGCCUGAGCACCUGCUGACCUUGCUAUCGGUGGUCCUACCAAUCUCAUGCAUUAUAUUCUGCUCUAUGUUGCUGAAACAGCGCUGGGCGCGUCUCAACAUGGGCCUGUUGGGCUUUGCAAUGACGAUCGUGAUUACGGGCUGCAUUACCGAACUAGGCAAGAAUCUCGUGGGGCGGCCGCGCCCCGAUUUUCUAGCACGUUGCAAGCCUACUCAAAGCAGUAUUCAGUCAAGCAAGUACCACAGCUUGCUUGUGGACUAUACGAUUUGUUCCACGCCGAUCACCUCGCACACAUUGGCCGAUGGCUUCAAGAGUUUCCCAAGUGGCCACUCGAGUAUGGCUUUUAGUGGCUUGACGUUCUUGGCAUGGUACAUUCGGGGCUUUUUCACCGCAAUAAUGCGCAAACUUACAUGUGUUGUCUACGAACAGGUCCCCGACGAGGAGCCUAUUCGCUUGGAGGAAGGUUUAGACCGUGAAGCGGAAGAAGUACCUCAACAUCUCGUGUUAUCCAGCCUAGUUCUACCUCUUGUUCCUGUCAUUCUCGCUGCGUACAUUUCAGUCAGUCGUUUGAUGGACUAUCGUCACCAUCCGACGGAUAUAUUGGCUGGCACGAUUUUGGGUGCAAGCGUUGCCACGGCCGUAUACCAUGUGUACCACAAGUCACACACCAUCAAGGCCUAA